AUGAUACCACAUAAUCAUACACAAAUUAUAAAAUUUUAUCUUCUGGGAUUAUCAGAGAAAUCAGAACUGCAGCCCUUUAUAUUUGGACUUUUCCUUUCCAUGUACUUGAUCAUUCUGUUUGGAAACCUGCUCAUUAUUCUGGUUGUUAUAGCAGACUCCCACCUCCACACACCCAUGUACUUCUUCCUCUCUAAUCUGUCUUUUGUGGACAUCUGUUUCACCUCAACCACCAUCCCAAAGAUGCUGAUGAACAUCCAGAAACAGAACAAAGUCAUCACCUAUGCAAGUUGUUUCGCCCAGAUGUACUUUUUUCUUCUCUUUGCAUAUUUGGAUGACUGUCUCCUGACAGUGAUGGCCUAUGACCGCUUUGUGGCCAUCUGUCACCCCUUGCACUACAUGGUCAUCAUAAACCCCCUGCUUUGUGGAAGGCUAGUUUUGAUGUCCUGGAUCUUUGGUAUUGCAAUGUCCUUGUUCCACAGCUUUAUGGUGCUGCAGCUGUCCUUCUGUACAGACAUUAAAAUCCCCCAUUUUUUCUGUGAAUUCAAUCAGGUAGUCCACCAUGCCUGUUCUGACACUUUUCUUAAUGACUUGGUAAUAUAUGUUACAGCUGGAGUUGUGGGUGGUAUUCCCCUCUCAGGGAUCAUUUAUUCUUACUCUAAGAUUGUCUCCUCCAUAUGUAGAAUCUCAUCAUCACAGGGGAAAUAUAAAGCAUUUUCUACCUGUGCAUCUCACCUCUUAGUGGUCUCCUUAUUUUAUCUUACAAUCCUUGGUGUGUACCUGAGCUCUGCUGCUUCCCAAAACUCAUACUCAAGUGGAACUGCCUCGGUGAUGUACGCAGUGGUCAUACCCAUGCUGAACCCCUUCAUCUAUAGUCUGAGGAACAAAGACAUAAAAGGAGCUUUGAAAAGACUCUUGGAAAUGGCAGUUAUGAUGGUGCCAAAUUUCAAGGCUCUUAAAAAGUGUUGGUGA